UUCUUCCUUUCUUCCUGAGCUGAUAAAACUGCGGCACACAUCUAAACUCCCUUAUAAAUCUCGGUAAAAUUCUUAAACGGAAAAUGGAUCACAAGCUACAAAAAACCGAGUGUCCUCCGGGGAUUAUUUGAUAUUUAGACAGGGGCAUACGUGGUAUGUAACGGUGCUUUCAGAUGGAACGAUUUUCAUUAAGCUUGACCAAAAAAUACACUCCAAUGUAUAAUUCCUUAACGGAAUGUCCCCAAUGUAAUUUAAAAUUUAAAUGUCCAGAUAAAUGGUGCUCAGAUUGCGAAAUCAAAAAUUUUAAAUCCAAUUUUGGGAAUUGGACUAGUAGGAAUUGGAAGCUCGAUAAAGUUAUUCGACGUUCACAAUCUAAUGCUAAAGGGCCCCUGAAUUAUUUGGAAUGGAUUCCACUUACAGAAUUUAUUGAUGUUAAAUUCAUUGCUGAGGGUGGCUUUGGAUGUGUGGAAUCAGCAAUUUGGAAUCUUGGUCCACGUUGGACUUAUGAACCAUCUUCAAGAAAGUGGGAAAGAAGCGGGCCAUAUAAUGUUGCCUUGAAAACUGUCAAUGAUUCGCAUCAAUACUUACAAGAAUUUUUAAAUGAAGUUCAAGCACAUUACAUAUGCACUUCUGAAGAUAAUCACAUACCACAUUGCUUUGGAAUUACUCAAAAUCCAAAAUCUAAAGAUUAUAUUAUGGUCUUGGAAUAUGCACAUUAUGGCAGUUUGCGUUAUUAGUUGGGAUGAUCGGCUUGUUCUACUCGAAGGACAAUUGCUAAAGGUCUUUAUUAUAUUCAUGAAGAAAACCAUGUUCAUCAAGAUUUUCAUAGCGGAAACAUU